CGGGGCGGGGGCGGCGGCCCGAGGCGGUGGCGGCACCGGGCUGUGACCCUCGCGGCGCGCGGCCCGCCCGGCCUGCGGCGCUGGCCCCGGGUGCGGUGGCAUCAUGCCCUUUGACCUCCGGAGGUUUGACAUCUACAGGAAGGUGCCCAAAGACCUGACACAGCCAACAUACACAGGCGCCAUUAUUUCUGUCUGCUGCUGCCUCUUCAUCCUCUUCCUCUUCCUCUCAGAACUCACGGGAUUCAUCACGACAGAAGUGGUGAACGAGCUUUACGUGGAUGACCCGGAUAAGGACAGCGGAGGGAAAAUUGACGUCAGCUUGAACAUCAGUUUACCCAAUUUGCACUGCGAAUUGGUCGGGCUGGACAUCCAGGAUGAGAUGGGCCGGCACGAGGUGGGUCACAUCGACAACUCCAUGAAGAUCCCUCUCAACAACGGGGCUGGCUGCCGCUUCGAAGGCCAGUUUAGCAUCAACAAGGUCCCUGGAAACUUCCAUGUGUCCACGCACAGCGCCACAGCGCAGCCUCAGAACCCAGACAUGACCCAUGCGAUCCAUAAGCUCUCCUUUGGGGACACGCUGCAGGUGCAGAAUGUCCAUGGCGCAUUCAAUGCUCUCGGCGGAGCUGAUAGACUCUCCUCAAACCCCCUGGCCUCCCACGACUACAUUUUGAAGAUUGUGCCCACGGUGUACGAAGACAAGAGUGGCAAGCAGCUGUACUCCUACCAGUACACAGUGGCCAACAAGGAGUAUGUCGCCUACAGCCACACUGGGCGCAUCAUCCCUGCCAUCUGGUUCCGCUAUGACCUCAGCCCCAUCACGGUGAAGUACACGGAGAGGAGACAGCCGCUGUACAGGUUCAUCACCACGAUCUGCGCCAUCAUCGGGGGCACCUUCACCGUGGCCGGCAUUCUGGACUCGUGCAUCUUCACCGCCUCGGAGGCCUGGAAGAAAAUCCAGCUGGGCAAAAUGCAUUGACCGCUCGGGCCCUCGGUGGCCGGGACCGGGCUAGCGGCUCCCGGGGGGUGGGGGGGGGGGCGCCCCUCUCCCCAGGGCCCCAACCCCGCGUGCCCUCGCCCACGCGCUCUGCCUCGGUCCUCCGACCCCACCGACGUGCCUCGGCCUCCGCGCCCCGUCCAGCAGCCCUGGGGGAGCCGCUGCGCCCGCCUCGGCCCGCACCCCACCCCCCUGCCCCCCGCAUGCCCGGGGAGCCCUGCAGGCCCUGCAGCGGGGGACCUGAGUCCGCAGAGCCUGGUCUGGGAGCUUGCCAAGGGCGCCUGGGCUCCAGGCCGAGCUGAUCCCUGCCCUUCCCCGUUCCCCCCACCCUCCCACCCAGGCGCCUUGUAGUUGUUGCCGGUGGUCCCGGGGCUCGAACUCGGAGCCGGCUGGAUCGCUGCCGCUGGGCUGCCUCAAAGGCCGUUCCGCGGAGGUUGGCCUUCCCAGGCCGGACUGAGCGGCGAGUGGUCCAGGCACGGAUUCCAUCCAGGAAUUUUCGCCGAGCUUGCUCUCCCUCUCUCGUGCUAGGGAGAGAGCCACCCCACCCGUUAUUGUUAUUUUUUCUUCUGUUGAUACCAAGAUGUUUUUGCAUACUUUCCAGUAGAAAAAAAACACAUUUUUUUUCCCCCUGAAUGAUCUGUAUGCUGAGCUCUAGUCUUUCUCGUUCCUCAUUUAGGGGCUCAGAAUCCCCGUUGGCAAAGCUUUGCCUCUGGAUAGGAAUUCCUUGGUGCGGGUCAUUGCCUUUGGUGAUUUUCUCCUGUCUUGGGCGCCAGUGGGUGAAGCCUGCACAAGAUUGAGCUGGGCGGGUGAGGGGCAGGAAGUGUGUGGCAUGCACAUCAAUUGAAUUUAUUUGUAUGCAUUAAAUUUUAUUCCACCCCACCCCCUCAGAGGACAUGGGGGAUGUCCAUUUUCCAUGGAGGAGACAGACACCUCUGACUUGUUCUAAUAUUAAAAAAAAAAAACUCAAGGAAAAAUAAAUGUUUUAGACUUUCCCCACUUGUUGAAUUCAAAUUGAUUAUUAAAAAGGCUGAUUUUCA